AUGUCUGAAUCUACAGAUAAAAUCCAAAAACUUCAAACAGAGCUUAAUGAAAUUCAAAAUCAAAAGCAAAAAAGUGACAACAAAAUAAAAUCUCUUCAAUCUCAACUCAAUCAAAUUAAUGAAGAAAACAACACAUUAAAGAGGAAACUCGAUGAAAUGGAAAGUUUUCACAAUUAUAAUGGGUUAAGUAGCGCUCAGAAAGAAAUUCUAUAUAAAAUUUCAGAACUUAAGAAAUCAGAAGAUUUCGAAAGUAUCUACAAUUUCUUUGUUGAACUUUCAUCUCAAGGAAAUCAAAAAAUGAUUUCAAAAGCAUGUGAAGAAGGACUUUGGAAAAAGAUAGCUCCUAAAAAAGAUGAUGAUGAUGAAAAGAAUGUCCUUCAUGUAGCAUGUGAAAAACGAAAUCUCAAACUUGUUAAAUCUCUCAUAGAAUCUGGUUGUGAUAAAGAAUCGAGGAGUAAAAAUGGAUAUACUCCACUUAUUUUUGCAUCAGGAAAUGAUAAACCUGAAGUUGUAAAAUAUCUUAUCUCUAUUGGAGCUGAUAAAGAAGCAAAGAAUAAUAAUGGAUAUACUCCACUUAUUUUUGCAUCAAAGAAUGGUCAUCUUGAAGUUGUUAAAUAUCUUAUCUCUAAUAAAGCUGAUAAAGAAGCAAAGAAUAAUAAUGGAUAUACUCCACUUAUUUUUGCAUCAAAGAAUGGUCAUCUUGAAGUUGUUAAAUAUCUUAUCUCUAAUAAAGCUAAUAAAGAAGCAAAGAAUAAUGAUGGAUAUACUCCUCUAAUUUGGGCAUCAGAAAAUGGUAAACUUGAUGUUGUUAAAUAUCUUAUCUCUAAUAAAGCUGAUAAAGAAGCAAAAGAUGAUUAUGGAUAUACUCCACUCAUUCGGGCAUCAAAAGAAGGUCAUCUUGAAGUUGUUAAAUAUCUUAUCUCUGUUGGAGCUAAUAAAGAAGUAAAGAAUAAAAGAGGAGAUACUCCUCUAAUUUGGGCAUCACAAAAUGGUAAACUUGAAGUUGUUAAAUAUCUUAUCUCCAAUAAAGCUGAUAAAGAAGCAAAGAAUAAUAGAGGAUAUACUCCACUUUGUGUUGCAUCAGAACAUGGUCAUCUUGAAGUUGUUAAAUAUCUUAUCUCUGUUGGUGCUGAUAAAGAAGCAAAGAAUAAUUUUGGAAAUACUCCGCUUCAUUUAUCAUCAUGGAUUGGUCAUUCUGAAGUUGUUCAGUAUCUUGUCUCUGUUGGAGCUAAAAAAGAAGUAAAGAAUAAUGAAGGAUACACUCCAGUUAUGGUUGCAACAAGCGACAUAAAACGUUUUCUAAAAUAA